GCUUUCUGUCUCUAUUUUGCUUUCAACCUCGCGUUCUCGCGCUCGAAGGUAUGAUUAAUUGCAGCGAGUCGUACUCUGUGCACCUACGCUCUACCAUCAAUACUACCUUCUUUUUUUUUUGUAAAGAUACACACUUUGUUUGCUAUUUUCCGUUCUCUUCGCUGCCACGGCAUCAUGUCCGUCGAUCCUGCCAUCAACGCCGCGCUGCUGAAUAUGUGUGCGCAGGUGCAAGACAGCGGCGGCAACAGAGCCCCGUCAGCAGGCACGAGCACCGCCGGCGUACCGGCGUCCUCCACGCUGGCCGUUGCUCCGAGUACCACCACAAGUGCUCUCGGCACGAACAAUGAUGCUACUAUUAAUAAGAAAGGCGACAACAGCAGCAGUCGUGGCGCACCCACACCAGCUUCCCACCUUGCCAGGCCGGCAUCCGAUUACGCGUGGUUGCGCGACGCACUGGCAUCCGUGGAGUCACCUGAAAAAAGAGUGAAGCAGCUACUCCUUCUCAUGGAAAACAAAGCCGUUGACGGAGGCGACAGUCCGGUGGAAGUAGCGGACCGGCUGGAGGCGCUGGAGGAGCUCAGCGACAUGGUGGAAGACGUGAACUGGGCGGCAGAGUUCACCUUAAUGGAGGGGCCGCAGCGCGUGCUGCGUGUGCUGCGUCGAGAGCGUUCCGCGCACCCCCUCACCACGAUUUCUGACCCCCUCUCACCGGCGGAGGGAGAAGCAGCAGAGCCACCCGGCGAGGUCACGUUAAACUCCAUUUCUUUAUACACGCAGUUGGCGAUGAUCAUUGCCCACUCCUCACAGCUGAACGAGCCGGUGCAGGUGGUCUAUUGCGCAGCGCACUGGGAGGAGGUGCUGCUGCGUCUAGUGUGGGACACCAUCAAAGCAGUGGAGAAGGUGUGGUGUGUUCCGACGCGAGUCGAUGUGGCAGUGACAGCGGCGUCGAACAAUGCGAAGUUGAUGAGGCUCCUGGCAGCUCUCCUGCACGCCUGCAGCUGCCUCUGCCGGGAGUGUCCGCCCAACACAAUUCAGUUUCUUCAGCACGGUGGCUUAGCGGUGCUCGCAGCGGUGCUGCAGCUCACGCGGACCGUUGUCUCCACCGUGCCUGCCACGUCAGCUGCUGGCGCACCGGGGGUGGUCACCACCAUCGACGAGAGCAAUGAAGGUGACAGCGAGGAUUACGCACAGGUCGUCGGCGGUGCGAAUAAGGUGACUUCGCGUGUCCUCUUCUUUCUUCGUUAUCUGGCUUCUACGGGGGUCUCGAGCGAGGAGGUCAUCCAGCUGUCUUGUCAGCACGCGCAGGAGAAUGCGGACGAAGCGGUGCAGAAGGCUGUCGCACAGGAGUUGUUGGAGCUGGUGGCGAAGAACCCGAAGAUGAUUAAGGAGGCGGUGCACACGCACAUGCCGAAGCGCUUCUACGAGUGGAAGAAGCAGCUGCAGCACAUGGUCGGUGAUGCUGCCGAAAGCGGGAAGGAUGAGCGACAGCGAUUUGUGGAGGCCCUCGACGAAUCCAACUGA